AUGGUUGGAAGCAAGAAGACGAGAGGCAAAACCGCCGCGAUGGCUGAAUCCGUGACGGCCCAAAGCCACUCCACCCGCGAUCCCGCGAUCGACAUGGUGGCACCACCACACCGGCCGCCGCUGCCGAACAUGGUGUUACCUCCCAUCAAGGUGGGCUCGUUACCACCAUCGACUUAG